ACUAUAUAUAUAUUGGCAUAUAGCUAAUGAUAAUUGCUUUUGAUACAUAUAUAUUAACUAUUAAGUGCAUGUAGCUCAUAACAUGACCUCUCAAUUAAAGCUCCAUUCCUUAAAUAAAUCAACAGAUUUCACAUUUUGUGACAUCCCAAAAACAAAACAUCUUCAAAAACAAGGUGAAGAUGAUAACCAAUUCGGGUUCUCACCACGCCUUUGGUCCAAAAACAUCAAUUCUUCUAAUUGCAUAUGUCCAUCAUCACCCAUGAUAGCAAUGGUAGAAGGAAGAAAAGAGCUCAUGGAAGCAUUAAACGACUUGCCAGAAUCGUGUUACGAGUUGUCCUUAAAAGACAUGGUCUCACAAGAUACAGAACCAAAAUCAAAAGAAAACGAUAAAGGUGCAAAUAAGGGUUCGAUUUCAAGGAGUGUGAGCCUUGAUACUGGAGUUAUCCUUCUAAAGAUGUUUGUACCGAGUUCUUUUGGCUUCAAGAAACGUAAGGUUUCUCGAAGUACAUCUGUGAACGGCUUACAGAGAUAUCAUAUUGAUACGAAAGAAUGUAAGACUCGGCUUUUUGCUGAAAACCGAUGUGACACCAAUAACAAAUCUUGUAGCAAUAAUCCGCGGUAUACUGCUCCUACCAGAAACAGGUAUGCAGAAGAGACAUUGAAGCCUGGAUGUUGGUUCAGAACAAGAUCAACAAACCAAAAGGGCUGCAUCUUCUUUUGAUUUAGAUGUGACAUCUGCAAAUCAUAUGUUUGAUGCCUUAUCGGUUUAGUAGUCCAAAGGAGAGGCGAUAAGUUUUGCCUUUCUAAGAGGUUUCAGGUUCAAACUUGGACAUUUAUCACCAAUUUGGGAUGCCACCUUGCAGUUAUUGGGUUGGAUCAAUGAAAUUUACCGUUCAAAAAGAAUAUUCGUGAUUAAUGUAUUCCAAAAUUUGUUUAGACUAAAUUUUAGAGAACGGGUAUUAGACAAAAAGAAGGGACUUUCAUACAGGAUUUUUGAUUAAAAACACUUCUAAAAACAAUUCCUUUUUUUUUAUAGAUA